AGCAGGGGGAACUGAACAGCUGACCGGCUCGCGUAAAUUUGAAGCCGCAAGUGAUGGAAAGGCUGGAGAUCUUUUUGUACACCUUCCUCGUCUCUCACUACGUCUGGAACAUCCUCUUCAUCUCAUGGCUUUUAAACAGCGGGAUACCCACAGAUCUAACCAACUAUGGAUUGCUUAAUUGAAGUUGGGCCACCUGAUCCUGUUUGCGCCAGGACAACCGACCAACAUUAGGGCACCAGAAGUCGUUAUGGACAGUUGUGCAAAUGCUGCAUUUCCUGAUCAGAGAACUGGUGUGAAUAGCAGAAGUUCUUCCUCAGGAUACCACAUCUAUGUGCGCGUAAAGGACAUGCACAGAAGGCUUCCAUUCAGCGCUGCGUGAAAUACUCCGCGCUAUGUUUUAGUAUUUGCAGGGAAAAGCUGUAGUUAGAAUAGAGAGCGUGCUUGUGCGGCUGAUUUGUUCCUGCCGGCUUUGACGCGAUAGUGGCGGCCAGCUUUUAUUGCGCGCAUACCAAUUGUGCAGUUGCAGUUUAGCCGCUCUGUUUCCACAGGCGAUCCACCACGACAAGACCUGCAGUCUUUGAUAUUCAUCAGGCCUCAUCACCGACUCUGUAAGGUUUAUCCUUAAAUACUUUGACAAAUCCUGCAAUUUGAACUUUCCCUGCAACCAAGAGAGUUUUUAAAGCUGCAUCCAAGUGCACCUGUGUGGCAGGAGUGAGCCAUGGCUUUACCAGAUAGUGGCAUAUCUGGGGAGGAGGUACCCUUCCCAGAGAUUAUAGAGCUCAAUGUUGGUGGCCAGGUGUACAUCACCCGCUACUCUACCCUCACAAGUGUGCCAGACUCUCUGCUGUGGGAGAUGUUCAGUCGAAAGUCAGCCAAAGGGCUGGCCAGGGACACCAAGGGACGCUUCUUUGUGGACCGUGAUGGUUUCCUGUUCCGUUACAUCUUGGACUACAUGCGGGACCAGCAGCUGGUUCUUCCAGACCACUUCCCAGAGCGCGGGCGUCUGCAGAGGGAGGCCGAGUUCUUCAAUCUGCCGGAGCUGGUCAAGCUACUGGCACCCAAAAUCAGCAAGCAGAACUCCCUAGGCGACGAGGGAUGUCAGAGCGACCCAGAGGACUCCUCACCUGGGAUUGACACGGCCCGUAACCUGGGCUCCCUGGGUGCUGCUGCUGCUGCCUGUGCCAGCCUGGUGCCCGGUGCCAUGGAUGGCAAACGGUCCGGGUUCAUCACAAUUGGCUACAGAGGCUCCUACACCCUGGGCCGUGACAGCCACACCGAUGCCAAAUUCCGCCGGGUGGCACGGAUCAUGGUGUGUGGGAAGACCUCCUUGGCCAAAGAGGUAUUUGGGGAGACACUGAACGAGAGCCGUGACCCUGACCGCCCCCCUGAGCGUUACACAUCCCGCUACUAUCUCAAGUUCACCUUUCUGGAGCAGGCUUUUGACAAGCUGGCUGAUGCAGGUUUCCACAUGGUGGCCUGUAACUCCACAGGAACCUGCGCCUUUGCCCACGAGCAGACGGACGACAAGAUCUGGACCAGCUACACUGAAUAUGUGUUCUACCGUGGUUCAUCACUAAACUUCAAGGCAAUGACCUCUGACCCCCCAGCUCUCACUGAAGUGGAGACCCCUGAACCUGCUGCUGCUGCUCAUACUGAAUCCGCCACAGUGGAGCACAGCAGCACCGGCCGAACCCAAAGCCUUCCAGAAACCAGCAGCAUCCCACUGCUGGACAUUCGGAAUCCACUGCCCCUGGACUCUCCUCCUCCUCUAACACCUCCUCUUCCUCCGCCACCUCCUCCUCCUGCUACAGACAGCCCUGACCUCCCACCUCUGUCACCUCCAGUCUUGCCUCCACCUCUGCCGUCAUCCAAACCUUCAUCCACCUCCAGCCCUCCUACUACUCCCCCAACGCCGCCUCCCGCUGAGAGUCCCCAACGUCCCACCACCCUCAACCUAAAGACACUGCCGCGGCCCACAGUGAGGGAGAAUGGCGUCCCCCCACUUGGGGUGGAUGAGGAUGAAGAGGAGAGAAAGUUGCUGGAGGAGGAUCUGAAGAAAUGCAUUGAGGAUUUCAAAAAGAUCCGCUUGCCCAGAGUGUUUCCGGAUCGUAAGAGGCACUGGCAAAGUGACUUGCUCAAGAAGUAUAAUGCAUAGAGAGCUUUGCUGUGGCGACAUGGUGAACAAACUUGACAAGGAUUUUUUUUUUUUUAUAAUGGGGAGAAUCUGUUGUGAGCGGUGGACUCCAGCUUUAUAUUCACAGCAAGUUUACUCACACCUCUAAUGUAGUAGGUUUUGCAUGUCAACAGAGCAAAAUUGAAUGAAAAGUGUAGUGCUUAGGCUGAGCUAGUCUAGCAGUCACACAUACAAGAUUAAAACGUUAAGAUUUGUCUUUUUCCUUUAGAGAUUGUUAGUGUUUCUUCUUUGCUCCACACAGCUAUUGGGAAACAUUAAAAAGUAUUUGAAUCAUUUUCUUUCCACUCAGUCAAAUGAUAAUAUAUGUCAUGUCAUUGAUUAGAAAUUUCUGCCCUGCUCUCUGUAACAUGUUCACUGAUCAAGCAACUGGAAAAUGUGUGAAAUUUUUAGGCAUUUGACCUU